GGAAAGGAGAUUGUCCGAGGAGUUGGAGGAGCGAAGAGGAAAACAGAUCGUGAAUCUUUGCAGGACUGGUGUCUGGGUUGCAAAAAGAGAAAAGGAACGGAGGCAGCCGCCUGGCAGAUGCGCUAGGCGCUCGCCCUAGAGAACACCGCUGGGUCAAACAAUGGAAGCUCCAAAUGGAGACGGUUGUCAGGCGAAUCAACUGGCCAACGCUGCCGCCCGCGGAGAUUUGGAGACGGCGGCGAGGCUGCUGGAGAGCGGGGCCGACCCCAAUGCCACGAACGCCUUCGGCCGGAGCCCGAUUCAGGUUAUGAUGAUGGGAAGCUCCAAAAUGGCAGAGCUGCUGCUGUGGAGAGGAGCAGAUCCCAACCGGCCAGAUCCCUCCACAGGUGCAACGCCAGCCCAUGAUGUGGCCCAGGAGGGAUUCCUGGACACUUUGAAGCUCCUACACCACUGGGGGGCUCACUUUGAUCAUCGGGACAGAUGGGGCCAAAGCCCGCUAGACCUGGCAAGAACGAAUGGGCAUCAUCACGUGGUUGAUUACUUACAAGAAUUAUCUGGUUGAAAUGUUUCCAUGCGAUACAUGAAGAAGCAGUAGAAAGACUGGGAAAGGGAAUGCUCCUGAAAAGUAAUGAAGAUAAAAAGCAAUAAAGAUCAUGGUGGCUUGGACAGACCUGGGACAUUCAUACUGGAUGCCCUUUUUUCCCCUCAAGAUUUGUGGAAAGACUAGAAGGAACAUGCUCUUUCCGACUGAAACUGGGGUCUUCUUUUUUUUUUUCCAGGCUAUUCUCAUUAAAAAAAAAAUCAUUAACUGCAUAUAGGGAAUUUAUCAAUUGGAAAAAUUAUGAGUUCUCUCUUGUUAAUUUGACUCUAUAUGUGCUCAGAUUUCCUCCCCGCUCCCCUCCUCCUGCCCAAACGGAACUGCGACUCACCAUAGAAUUCUCUUCCAACCCCUGC